CACAUGAAACUGGUUUGCGUGUUUGAAGAUUACAUUUUACUCUCACAUGGUUUUCAUUAUCUGAGAGCCCCGAGGAGAGGCCUGGACUAAAUCAGGGAAGGAAUGGAGAAACCACACAAUGCAAUGAAACUGGUGCUGAGGCAUAGUUGGGAUAGUUGUGGGACAGGGGCUGCUGACGACAGAAGCAGGGCGCUGCCUGAGUGCCAGCAGCAGCGAGAAGUGGAGCAUUCUCAAAACACAAAACAAAGCUUGAUGGCAAAUUAAAACUGUGGCUUGGGCUUGCAGCAAUCCCCCAGUUCUGCAAGGAUAAUUACUGGAAAUCGCUGAAGUUUGAAGCAGAUGAAUCUUGCUGGGUCUGUGCUGGGAGGCAGCUCUCUGAAGUGAGACCUGGUGUGGCUAAAGCUGCGUGAGCUUGAGCUGGUUUUAGCAAGAAGACGUCUAAAAGAAUUAUUUUGGGAGCGAGGAGAGUAUCAAGUGAUCUGGCCUGCUGAAGAGGAGCCUGAAGCCAUCUCUGAGUGGAGAUCUUGGAUUUGCAGGAGGAAGGCUGAGUGUGUCCCCCCAUGUGGCAGAACUGCUCCUCCUCACCAGGGAACUCCAAGUGAAGGACAAAGGUCAAGGGCAGCUUUUACAUUCCACCCAAAAGGCACCACAGUUUGAGAUGAGGAAUUCAGAAGAGCAAGCAGCUACGACAGUUUUACAGCGCCUGCUGCAGGAGCAGCUCCGAUACGGGAACCCAAAUGACAACCGCAACCUUCUCGCCUUACACCAGCAAGCCACAGGGAAUGCCCCCCCUUUCAGCAGCACCGGCAGCCCGGCCUCUCAGAACGAAGGGCUGAGCUCCCAGGACCACCAGCUCGUGACUCAUGCUGCCCGCCAGGAGCCCCAGGGCCAGGAGAUACAGGUGGACAACAGCAUCAUGGAGAAGCAGCUCUCGCCGCGGCUGCAGAACAGCGAGGACCUCCCCACCUACGAGGAGGCCAAGGUGCAGUCGCAGUAUUUCCGUGGCCAGCCGCACGCCAGCGUCGGCGCCGCCUUCUACGUCACCGGCGUCACCAACCAGAAGAUGAGGACUGAGGGGCGGCCCACGGUGCAGAGGGUGAGCCCGGGGAAGGUGCACCAGGACGAGGGGCUGAAGGACCUCAAGCAAGGCCACGUGCGCUCGCUGAGCGAGAGGCUGAUGCAGCUGUCCCUGGCCACCAGCGGGGUCAAGGCCCACGCGCCCGUCACGAGCGCGCCGCUCUCCCCGCUGUCCCCGCUCUCUCCCCAGCAGUCCAGCGACCCUUACAAAAAUUCCGGCUCCAAUGAGUUCUACAAGAACUCGGUGCAGCCCCCUUCCCAGCCCAGCAUGAAAGGAAUGGAGCAGCGGGGGCCUCCCCCGGAGUAUCCGUACAAAAACGUGUCCACCCCGUCUAUGAACUGCAAAACUCAGGACUCGGGGCACUUCUAUAGUGACCAUCGCAUGAGCCAGCAGGGAAGAGCUGAUGGACCUAUGAUGAGGUAUCAGCAUCCCCCUGAGUAUGGCUCAGUCAGGCAGAACCCAGAUGUGCAGCUGCAGUUACAACAGAGACCACCUCACCACCACAGCCCGACUUCUUCCUUGACAUCCCUGGGAUCUUUGACUUUGCUCCAGUCUCCACCACCCUCUAGGCUGUCCCCUUCCCAGCACCAGCAACCUCUGACUCCCAGCCAGGCAGAUCCUGCCAUCCUGCCACGGACCCAGCAGCCUUUCUUGUCCAACCCAGUCCAUCAGGGCGACCUGUACCGGCUAUGCCAGCCCUUCCUGGGCCCGCAGCAGCAGCAGGGCGACUCCUACUCCGUGAUGCCCAGGGCCCAGCAGAUCCCUUCCCCCUACCAGCAGAUGCAAGUAGAUCCUUUUGCCAUCGUUUCCAGGGCCCAGCAAAUGGUGGAAAUCCUGUCAGAGGAGAACAGGUCCCUACGGCAGGAGCUGGAUGGGUGCUAUGAGAAAGUGGCCCGGCUGCAGAAGCUGGAAACAGAAAUUCAGCAAGUUUCAGAGGCAUACAAAAACCUGGAGAAAUCAUCCUCUAAGCGGGAUGCCCUGGAAAAGGCCAUGAGAAACAAACUGGAAGGAGAAAUUCGCAGGCUUCAUGAUUUCAACAGGGAUCUAAGAGAACGCAUGGAGACGGCCAACAAGCAGCUGGCAGAGAAGGAGUUUGAGGGGUCUGAAGACAAUCGGAAAACCAUCUCCCAGCUCUUUGCACAAAACAAGGAAACACAGCGAGAAAAAGAGAAACUGGAAAUAGAGCUGGCUGCUGCCCGCUCCACCAACGAGGACCAGCGGAGACACAUCGAGAUCCGGGACCAGGCCUUGAACAAUGCUCAGGCCAAGGUGGUGAAACUGGAGGAGGAGCUGAAGAAGAAGCAGGUCUAUGUGGAGAAGGUGGAGAAGAUGCAGCAGGCCCUGGUUCAGCUGCAGGCAGCGUGUGAGAAGAGGGAGCAGCUGGAGCACCGGCUGCGCACACGGCUGGAGAGGGAGCUGGAGUCUCUGCGCAUGCAGCAGCGCCAGGGCACAUCUCAGGCUGCCAACGUGUCCGAGUACAACGCCACGGCUCUCAUGGAGCUCCUGCGUGAGAAGGAGGAGAGGAUCCUUGCUCUGGAAGCUGACAUGACCAAGUGGGAGCAGAAAUACCUGGAGGAAAGUGUGAUGAGACAGUUUGCUUUGGAUGCAGCUGCCACCGUGGCUGCUCAGAGGGACACCACGGUGAUCAGCCACUCACCCAACCCCAGCUACGACACCUCACUGGAAGCUCGCAUCCAGAAGGAGGAGGAGGAGAUCCUGCUGGCCAACAGGAGAUGUCUCGACAUGGAGGGAAGGAUUAAGACCCUGCACGCCCAGAUCAUCGAGAAGGACGCCAUGAUCAAAGUGCUGCAGCAGCGCUCCCGCAAGGAGCCUGGCAAGACAGAGCAGCUCUCCUCCAUGAGGCCUGCCAAGUCCCUCAUGUCCAUCUCCAACGCUGGCUCAGGCCUGCUGUCCCACUCCUCAACUCUGAGCAGCACCCCCAUCCUGGAGGAGAAGAGGGAGGACAAGAGCUGGAAGGGCAGCCUGGGUGUUCUGCUGGGAACAGAAUAUCGUUCAGAAUCCAUCCCCUCCACCCCCUCUCCUGUGCUCCCCUCCACGCCCUUGCUGUCAGCCCACUCCAAGACAGGCAGCAGAGACUGCAGCACCCAGACAGACAGGGGCAGUGAGCAGGGCAAAGCUGCUCCUUCCCCUGCAGCUCCCACCCCAGCACGACUCCCCAGCACCAACCUGACCUACAGUGCAGAGAAAACAGAUGGGCCACUCUUCCACUCCAGCACUCUUGAAAGAAAAGCCCCUGUUCAGACUGUGGGGCAGGACCUCCCAGAUGGAGAGAUGGUAGAAUACCUCAUCUGAAAGGCUGUGCCAGGAUCUGAGCUGGGAUAACAGUAGCAAGAAAUUUUUAAAAGACAUUUUUAUUGGGAAAAGAAAAAUGUAGUACCUGAGUAAUAAAAGAACACUCAGCUGUUUGCUCUUGUAUAUUAUGUCUCAGAAGUUUGGACAGGUUAAUUUAUAAUUUGUUCUAAAUUAUAAAAAACCCGUAACACUUGUUCUUUGAAAGUUUCCCCCUUUAUUUUUUAAAUACUGGAUCUGGUAACAUCUGGAGAAAAACAACCUAGGCUUUAGGUGCACUACAUCUGGUAUUUCAUUUCAGUGUUUUUAAAGUCUCUUAAGCAGAAGUACCUGCUCUCACAGGUGCUGGUUACAUGUCUAGCUUGAAUGUAGUAAGGUGAGUUUAAUGGCCUUAAAGAGAUCAGAGCCAGGGACUUGUGAGCAUCAUUUAAUGGUUUUAGGAUACAGAUGUUCUGGGAAGCUUUUAUAAACCUGAGCUGUGAUCAAGGGAGAUUUCCCUUUCACUUCCUCUUUCCUCUCAGUGUAAGAACUCAGAAUAGGUAUUUCAUGUUCAUAGGCUGAAAAGAUUUCCAUUUUCAGUGUGGUAACUUUUUUUUUUUUUUUAACUUCCCAAAUUUCUUUUUUAAUUAUUUUGUUGUUAAAACGAACGACUCCGGUGAUUAAUGUCGCAUUUCAUAUUUGUAGUUCCUUUUGCAAGAUUUGCCACACUUUUGUACUUAAGUACUUUUCAAUAAUUUGUACAGUGGAUAGUAAAUAAUAUAUUGCAUUCAUGUUUUACAUAAAUUAAUAAGGAGAAUUUACAGGCCCAGCCCUGAUCUGUUAGAUCAGAUUUCUGACAUGGCAAUUCCAUUGUCUUUAGUGAAACUACUUCAAAUUUACCAUAGCUCAAGUGGGAAGCCCUGUUGUUUUUCAGAUUUAACAACUUCUUCUACUGCAUCUGUGGAGAUUUUUCUCUGUAGCAGACUUUUCUAUAUUUCAAAUGCCCUUCAACUUUGUAUGUCCCUCCUUUGUGGAGAGACUGGAUUCUUUUUCACAUAGCAAAGCCUCAGAGGUAGAGCUUUAAAGAGAAGCAAAGGUUCAGAUGGCAGUUUCUCUCCUUUCAAAAUACUUCUUUAAUUCAUCUGAGUGGAGAGAGCACCUUAGAGAAAGUCCCAGAGGCAUUACAGAAGAAAGUUACAUAUGUAAGUCGUGAGGUUCACUUCCAGAAUUUUGGGAACUAGCACAGAUGCAGCAGUGCUUUGGUUACAGAAACUGUAAGGAGAUAUUAAGACCAAUAGAAGCACAUGAGUAUUUUUUGUUACUGUCUUUGCAUUUUAUUAAAACACUUCAAUAUUAAUUUCUGUUAAAAACUCUUUUUUUGUACUUGAAUAUUAAAAUAUUUCAUUAGCCAGUGGUCACACACUGGGAACCUGGCUACUUUCAGCUUUCUGUGCAGCAUUAGAGUAGCAAAAUUUUCAUUUCAGAUCGUUUCACCCCAGAAAUAAGGAAAUCCAGCAGUUAAUUAUCACAGAAUUAGCGAAUGUCUUUAAUUCCUAUUUGACACUACUGCUGUGGUGUUCAAAUGAAAUGGCCUUACCAGACCAACAGGGAUCACAGGAGCUCCACAGUGGGAGGGGACAGGAGGUGCCUAAAGGUCAGCCCUGAGCUUUCCUUUGAUAAUAAUCACUUAAAAUCCAAGGAACACACUUCCCAUUGUUACUAGCAGAUUUGCUGCUGGUCAGGGAUCUUCAGGCCGAAUUCCCAGGGCUGCAGAGGUGGCAAAGGGUGGGGUGGGAGAUGCACUGGCCAGGCACAAAGCCCUUCCAAAGGCAGCUCCAGACACUGCAGAGCUGCACUGCAGGGCUGUGCCUGGGGGACAGUGGGACAAUGUCUUUCCACACUGUUCCACAUCUCCCUUCCCUCUGAACCGCUCCCCACCCUUCCCUAGGCACACUGUCCACUGCCACUUCAUUCUCAUCCCUGAGAAUAUCUUGCUUUUAUUUCUCUUGGCUUAACUCCAUCCCACUUUAUGAAGUAAUGCCCACCCUGGAUGAUUUGAUUUCUCUUCCUCCUCCACAGUUGUUGAAAAUGCAGCUUUUCUCAUUAGCUCAAGGUGUCCAACUUUCUGCCAUUUCAGCAUAAAUAUCUGUAUUGUGUUUUGUGGGUUUGGCUUAAAAUGAACAACAAGGGAAAUCAAAUGCCAUUGAGUGUCUGUGUGAGAGGGGGGAGAAAUGUUUGAAUGCUUUUCUCUUCCCUUAGAGUCAGGAAUAGUUAUAUUCCAUCUUUACAAAUACUUCUCACCAUCUGGAAAGAAGUUUUAUGACUGUAGGACUCUAAAUAAACAGUUACAACUCACUUGAUUCACAUUAAUUCUGAAAUGUGUGGGAAAAUUUGGAUCUUUUACAGGUAAAACCUCUGUCAGGAAACUGAUUUUUCCCCAGUCAGUAUUGGCUGUUCAGGUGAAAAUAAUUGAUUUAUCCUCCCUGCAGCUCACUGCUUGCAAGUGGAGUGCCACUGCAUUUUAUUUUUACAAAUCAAAAAGGACAUAAAAGCUUUCUGUGAAUAACAUACAGCAACUGUCUCCUCCAGAAAUGGAAGCCAGGCUGUCUCUGACAGCCUGAACCAUUGCAGGAGCCUUGGCAGUUCCUUGCCCAUUGAAGUAAUUUUGGAAGAUGGUGCAGUUUUGUAAUUUCAAUUUCUUCCACAAAAGCAAAACCCCAAAACUUUGCUGUGGAAGUUGGAGGUCAUUUUCCUGUGCUGACAAGCUGGGAGCCAUCAGGAAUGUAUUCUUCCCCUGGAGCUUCCUCAGAGCCAUCCUGCUGUGAAUGUAAACGAGCUGCUUGCUUUGAGGAAGAUGUGUGCCAUAGUCCUCAGUCUCUGUACAGAUUUUUAUUUUGUUUUUAAAACAGAAACUGCUUUAAGGAGACAAACUGCACACCUAGUCCCUUUGCCUUCUGUAGAGCUUAUUUCUAGUAGAAAGUGGUUUUUAACAAUGAUUGCAACGACCUUUGCAAACCAAAAUUUUAGACUAAGAGUUUUUCUUAAACUCGGGUAUUAGAAGCAGAAUUGUAGCUUUUAUAAAGAAAGCCACAUAUUCUUCUUUGUAGAGCAAAACAAGAAAAUGAAGUGUAGUUAUUUUUCCUCUUUCCUUUCACUGCUUACAGAAAGGCCAAACUCCCAAGUCCUUCUCUUGGGCACUUCCUUUGUGGUUUGACUGCUUGGGGAACUGCCUGAGACCCAGAGACUUUUGUUAUUAAAUUAAACAGCUCCUACCUGGCAGCUCCUGGGGGUUUAGAGCAGUCUGAGGACUCCAGGCCAUGUGUGAGUUGCUCCUCAGGAGCCUGCAGGGUGACACUGAGGUCACCUUGUGUGGUGGUGCUGAAGUUCUGCCUGUAUGGUCUGUGCUGAGAGCUGAGCAUCACCUUAAUUGUGAUUUUUGGGGCUGCCUGAGCUGGGGGGACUCCUGAGCAUCACCUGUGCUUCGGUUUUUGGGGCUGCCUGAGCUGGGGGGACUCACAGAGUUUUAGGCCAGACCCAUUUCCAAGGACAUCUCCUGCUCCAGGAGCAGUUUAAACUAAAAAAA